AUGUAUACGCACGAAGGCACGGGGGCGAGACGCGCGACGUCGCCGUUGCUGGAGUUCGCCAAGACGCAUGAGGCAGAGGUAUUGGCGGUGCAGUACCCGGGGCGAGGAAAUCGUUCGAAAGAGUCGUGUGCAUUUGAGAUCGAUGAAAUCAUCCAUCCUCUGUUGCCCGUGGUAGCGGGGAAGUUGUCAGAGUGCCCAUACGUCGUUGUCGGGCAUUCCGUCGGCUCGUGGAUCGCUUACGAGUUCUUGCAACUGCUACGCGCUCGGGGCGUUCGCAUGCCCGAGCACGUCUUCCUUUCGGCAUUUCCGUACCCAGAUAUUCCUCACGACGUCCGGCCGUGGCGCAUAAACGUGCUGUUGGACGAAGAGGGAUUCAAAGAUGAGUGUCGCCGAUGGGACGUCAACGAGCUUGUUUUUGGCGAUAUUUGGAAAAUUUACCAACCGCUGAUGCGCGCAGAUUUUCACUUGUUUGACAAAUACGAUCACGUACACGAUGGGAAGGAGAACUUUACAUGGCCUCUGACCGUGUUUCACGGCGAGAGCGAUCGGAUGAUCACGCGCGAGAUGUGUCAAGGCUGGGAAACGCACACGACGGGCGAGUUCGAGCUGCUCGCGAUCCCCGGUCAUCACUUGUUCCCGCUUCAAAAAGAUCAAAAGGCGAUGUGGCUUCGAAAAAUCGCCGAAAGACUUCAGAACGUCGUCGCGCGCACCGCGGCGUAA